AAAUAAAAAGGAACGCGAAUAAAAAAAUCGAAGAGGAAUUAAGGAUUAUCAAAGAGGUGGAGGAAUAGAGCGGAGACUGUAGACGGAGCGAUAAAUCACAGAUCUAUCCAUCGGAGAAGAACAUAGCAAAGCGCGUGCUUCUCCCCGUCACGCGCCGCUUCGAUUCCGGGCCCUACUGGAAGCAUGCUAGGUCUGCAAACAAAGAUUUGUGCAUGGAGAUACUCAGUAGUAGGAAGUCUCUGGUGAAAAAUAAAUCCUUCGAUGAGAUGUUCUAGCUCUACACUCUAGCUCUGUGCUGGUUCUCGUUGCUUUUUAUUUCAUGAGAUUGAGAUUCCAUGGCUAGCAUUCCUGGAAAAUUUGCUCCUUCUAAUGGGUCUAUCUAUGUAUGCAACCUGCCUCAUGGGACUGAUGAUAAUAUGUUGGCUGAAUAUUUUGGUACCAUUGGAGUAAUAAAGAAAGAUAAACGUACAGGAAGACCUAAAAUAUGGUUAUAUCGAGACAAAGAGACCAAUGAACCAAAGGGAGAUGCUACUGUGACAUAUGAGGAUCCGCAUGCUGCCGUGGCUGCUGUUGAAUGGUUUAACAACAAAGAUUUUCAUGGCAAUGCAAUUGGAGUUUAUAUAGCUGAGUCAAAAAACAAGGAUGACCAAACUUAUAGUUCAAUAGCAGAUCCGGUUGUUGCUGGUGAUGUUGUUGGACCAGAAGAAACUGAAAGUGACGUUAAUGGUGUUAAUGGAGGAGGUAUAGGUCAAAUUGAUGCUUCCAGCAAACCAUGGCAACAAGAGGGCGAUUGGAUGUGUCCGAAUACAAGUUGCUCCAAUGUGAAUUUUGCUUUUCGUGGUGCGUGUAAUCGCUGUGGAAGUGCACGCCCUGCUGGUGCUUCUGGCGUUGCAGGAGGAGGUGGCCGUGGCAGGGGACGUUCUGGGCAAGAUUCAGGGGGUAUUGGCCGUCCAGCUGGUGCAACUGCAGGACUAUUUGGUCCCAAUGACUGGUCUUGUCCAAUGUGUGGCAAUAUCAAUUGGGCAAAGCGGUUAAAAUGCAAUAUUUGCAAUACAAACAAGCCUGGCCACAACGAGGGUGGUGUAAGAGGAGGGCGAGCUGGAGGUUACAAGGAGCUUGAUGAAGAGGAAAUUGAAGAAACUAAACGUCGUAGGCGGCAGGCUGAAGAUGAUGGUGAGCUGUAUGAUGAAUUUGGAAACCUUAAGAAGAAAUUCCGUGCCAAAACACAGCAAUCUGAAGCUGCACGAGUGCUUCCUGGUUCAGGGCGUGCUGGUUGGGAGGUUGAGGAUCUAGGGAUUCACAGAGAUGCUACAGAAAAAAGCAGAGACAGGGGAAGGGAUCGUGAUGAUGGAGAGCAGAGAAGCAGAGAGCCAAUCGAGAAGGAGAGACAAAGCAGUCGGAAUAGAGAGAGGGACAGAGGAAGAGAUCGAGACAGGGAUUAUGGGCGAGAUCGGGACCGGAGUAGACACCGAUAUUAAAAAUAGCAGUAGAAGUGCAUCCUGAUGUUUUGACACUGAUUAUGUGUUGCCUUUUUGACUAGAAAUUUCAUUUGCUUUGAAUUAAAUCCUUAAAUUUGGGGAUUGAUAUCCUGCAAUCUGAUGAAUGCAUGGACCUAAUGUAUAACCAAAGAUCUUUAUGCUGUUAGUAUUUCCUUGGACAAAUUUCUAUUUGAGAAUAUUCACAAUAGUUUGAACUAUUA